AUGGAGUCGUCGUCGUCGUUGUUAUUCUCCUCGCCUUUUGCGUUUUUAUCAACAACUUUGUUCACUAUCGGCGUGCUGAAAUUUGUCGUCGCUCUCUAUCAUGUGUACACUCACUGGAGUAAAAGAAGUGUUCCUUAUAUACAAGCGAUUCCGAAUUUGGGGCUGCCUUGGCAACUGUUGUUUCGACGCUUGAGCACCGCCGACUAUAUGAAAUACAUCUACAAUUAUGAUUCGGACGCUAAGUACAUCGGGAUGAUGGACAUGGCCACGCCUCUCGUCGUUCUGCGCGACCCCGAGCUCAUCAAAGACGUUAUGGUGAAGGAUUUCGAAUAUUUUACGGAUCAUGCACCUUUCUUGAGUGAAGAAUUAGACCCUUUGUUCGGCAAGACUAUCUUGUCCUUGCGCGGUGAUCGCUGGAAAGAAAUGAGGACAACGUUGAGCCCCUCUUUCACCGCCAGUAAGAUGAAAGUUAUGUUCGAGCUAGUGUCAAGGUGUUCCCACGAAUUCACCGAAUACCUGGCGGAUCAUCCAGAACUGUGGCCCUCUAUCGAUACGGACGAUGCCCUCAGGCGGCAUGCUACUGAUGUGAUCGCCACGUCGGCCUUUGGCAUAAGCGUCAAUUCCAUGAAGGAGCGGAAUAACGAAUUCUUUAUGAGAGGUAUGGAAGUCAUUGAUUUCAGCAGCUUUGUGGCCGUAUCGAAGAUGAUGUUAUUCCGCGCGACUCCGCGGAUAAUGAAGGCACUAGGAUUGACUUUCUUUUCGUCAGCUACGUCCAAAUUCUUCAAGAGAAUUGUGGCUGAGACCAUUAAAAUUCGCGAAGAUCAAGGAAUCGUACGUCCGGACAUGAUCCACUUAUUGAUGCAAGCUAGGGAGAAAGAGGGUCGUAGUGUGCACGAUAUGACGCUGGACGAUAUCGUGUCGCAGGUAUUCAUCUUCUUCUUUGCCGGCUUUGAUACGGCUUCGACAUUGAUGUGUUUUCUUGUCCAUGAACUCGCGGUUCACCGAGAUAUACAGGAUCGUCUGUAUGAGGAAAUAGAACAUUUCGCUGAGAGAAACGGCGAAAUCUCUUAUGAGUCUAUGUCGAAGAUGACUUACUUGGACAUGGUGGUGUCGGAAGCUCUUCGGAAGUAUCCGCCGGCGCCCCUCAACGACAGGAUCUGUGUGAAGAGUUAUAAGCUACCUCCGUCGAAGCCGGGCUGCAAGAGCGUGAUCAUCGAGCCCAACUCCUUGAUAUGGUUGCCUGUUUAUGCGUUGCAUCAUGAUCCCAAUUAUUAUCCGAACCCGUCCAAAUUCGACCCCGAGAGAUUCAGCGACAAAAACAAGGACAACAUCGUGCCAUAUACAUACAUGCCCUUCGGCCUUGGGCCCAGAAUGUGCAUCGGCAAUCGUUUCGCUCUCAUGGAAGUAAAAAUCUUGGUGAUUCAUCUUCUACACAAAUUUAUCUUCAAGGCCUCGGAGAAGACUGUCGAACCUAUGGUGUUCGAUAAAAGUCUGUUUGCUUUAAAGCCUGAUGGUGGAUUUUGGAUUUCAUUGGAGAAAAGGGAAAAAUAA